AAAAAACAUCCCCUCCGACAAGUGCAUUCAUUAACUGCCCCGAACAAUGGCCUCCGUUCAACUCUCCUUCGCUUUGCGCACCUCCUCCGGCGUCAAGACCGUCCAUCUCCUCGGGUCUUGGGAUAACUACGCCGGACAGCUUCCUCUUUCAAAGGACAAAUCUUCGUCCAAGUCUGGUUCGUGGAAAGGGACAUUCCGAUUCCAAGGAUCGACCCUCGAGCCGGGCCAACGAUACUGGUAUUACUACAUCAUUGACGGCUACCAUGUAUCGCAUGACCCGGGCCAGUCUUCCACCACCGAACCGACCACUGGACGCAUCUUGAACAUUCUUGAUGUCCCAGCCGAGAAGACCUACAAAUCCUCUUCCAGCCAUUCCAAAUCUAGCUCAUCCAGAGACAAGCACUCGUCCAAGUCAUCUCACUCAUCCAAGCACUCAUCGUCCAGCUCGAGGCGAGCCUCCCGCCGCGACAGCAAUCUGACCGUCGAUAUCCCGAAAGGCCGUCCACUAUCUAUGUCCGAGAUCAAGUCGCCCAAGCCAAUCACACCCCAUGCGACCAAGUACAUUCUCACGACAGAUUACAGCGCCCCGACGGUCGAGGAACUCACCUCACGCUUCAGCACCACCACCAUUGACGAGAACUACGUCUACGACAGUUCCAUGUCGCCACCGUCAUCCGUCGGCUCCAGUCUCUCGAGCCGCUCGGACAGCGACUCACCCAGCUCCGCAAGUUCUCUCAGCGACUACAGCACGCCUGGCUCCGGCAGCGAAUGUAGAUGUGAGCGCUACGGCAUCACACGCGGAGGGGAUCGGGUGAAGCUCGACUGCGGCGGUUCUCGAUGCGGCUACAGCGACGACGACAGUUCCUCUUGCUCGUCCGAGGACGAGUACGAGUAUCAUAGUUCACGACGCAAUGGCCUGGUAGUGAGACGAUGAUAGAUUUUACUUAUUUUUUGGAAGGGAGAGAGGAAGGAAGAAGCGAAGCACAUAACGCCGUCCAUUCAUUACGGCCAGUUCCCUGUUUGCAACCAACCCCACACG